GCCAGGGCUUCAGACCAAGACACAGACAACAGGCUCAUUGGACAGCAACUCUAUGUUAACAUCAAGGAGAACAACCACUGCUACAUGAUGAAGAGAGUUAUGGAGAUCAUUGUGAAAGAUGUCCUCCUGUCUGAGGCCAAGGAUCGGUAUCCCUACACAAGGGAGGUGGCACAGUUCCUGGCAUCCAUGACCUCGGAGCUGAGCAGAUGC